CUUCAUAAACUCCUCCUCUGCUUCACUGCCAUUAGUUCUCUUCUCUCUCUCUCUCUCUCUCCUCUUUCUCUCUCUUCAUAUUCCCAUUCUCCAUUUCAUCACCUUUACAGAUCUGGGUUUCUCCUCCGCCUGUCGGUGCCCAAUCCCCAUCUCUCUGUUCUUAGAUUAUCACUCUUUCAUCUGAAUUGCUUCUGAUUCACAGUGUUAAAGAGGAGAGAUUGAGGAUGAGUAUGUACGGGCGAGAUCCGUGGGGGGGUCCGCUUGAGAUUAACGCGGCGGAUUCGGCCACCGACGACGAUCGGAGCCGGAAUUUGCAGGAUUUGGACAGGGCAGCUCUGUCUCGGCCUCUCGAUGAGACUCAACAGAGCUGGUUGCUUGGACCUGGUGAGCAGAAGAAGAAAAAGUAUGUGGAUCUCGGCUGCAUUAUUGUCAGCCGCAAGAUCUUCGUCUGGACUGUUGGAACCCUACUUGUAUCUGGGUUUCUCGCCGGUCUUAUUACUUUAAUCGUUAAAACGGUGCCGCGCCACCACCACCCCCACCCGCCGCCGGACAAUUACACCCUUGCCCUCCAUAAAGCUCUCAUGUUCUUCAACGCUCAGCGAUCUGGUAAGCUCCCGAAGCAUAAUAAUGUAUCCUGGAGGGGCAAUUCCUGCACAAGGGAUGGCGAUGGUUCAUCGUCUCUCUUUAAAGAUCUUUCUGGUGGCUACUACGAUGCUGGAGAUGCAAUUAAGUUCAACUUUCCUGCCUCUUUUGCCAUGACCAUGUUAAGCUGGAGUGUCAUUGAAUACAGUGCAAAAUAUGAAGCUGCUGGAGAACUCAACCAUGUCAAAGAUAUUAUUAAGUGGGGAAGUGAUUACUUCCUCAAGACUUUUAACCAUACUGCUGAUUCUAUUAAUAGUAUUGUUAUGCAGGUUGGAGUGGGGGAUACCUCUGGAGGAAAUACAAGUCCAAAUGAUCAUUAUUGUUGGAUGCGCCCGGAGGACAUUGAUUAUGUACGACCUGUACUAACAUGCAGUAGUUGCUCGGAUCUUGCUGCCGAAAUGGCUGCUGCUUUAGCUUCAGCAUCCAUUGUCUUCAAAGACAACAAGGCAUACUCACAGAAACUUGUCCAUGGUGCCAAAACACUCUUCAAGUUUGCCAGAGCGCAGAGAGGCAGAUACAGUGCAGGUAAUGCAGAAGCUGCAAUCUUCUAUAACUCAACUAGUUAUUGGGAUGAGUUUGUGUGGGGUGGAGCUUGGUUAUAUUAUGCUACUGGAAAUUCUAGUUAUCUUCAACUUUCUACCACUCCUGGCAUUGCCAAACAUGCGGGUGCUUUCUGGGGUGGACCUGACUAUGGAGUGUUGAGCUGGGACAACAAGCUUGCUGGUGCCCAGGUUCUUCUAAGUCGUUUGCGGCUGUUCUUGAGCCCUGGAUAUCCAUAUGAGGAAAUCUUGAGGACGUUCCACAAUCAAACUAGCAUAAUCAUGUGUUCCUACCUUCCAUUUUUCACAAAAUUUAAUCGUACUAGAGGAGGCCUAAUUCAGCUAAACCAUGGAAGGCCACAGCCUCUUCAGUACAUCGUCAAUGCAGCCUUUUUAGCUACCCUUUACAGUGAUUAUUUGGAAGCAGCAGAUACACCUGGAUGGUACUGUGGACCCAAUUUCUAUUCAACUGAGGUUUUGCGUGACUUUGCCAAGACCCAGAUUGAUUAUAUCCUUGGCAAAAACCCACGUAAGAUGAGUUACGUUGUCGGUUUUGGCAAUCAUUAUCCGAAACACGUGCAUCAUAGAGGUGCAUCUAUUCCGAAGAACAAGAUCAAGUAUAACUGCAAAGGAGGAUGGAAAUGGAGGGACACCACAAAGCCCAACCCAAAUACACUUAUUGGUGCCAUGGUUGCUGGUCCGGAUAAGCGUGACGGGUUUCAUGAUGUUCGCACCAAUUAUAACUACACUGAGCCAACCCUAGCUGGAAAUGCAGGCUUGGUUGCGGCGCUCGUUGCUCUGUCCGGUGAAAAGACAAAUGGAAUCGACAAGAACACCAUCUUCUCUGCUGUGCCUCCAAUGUUUCCAACUCCACCACCACCUCCAGCACCUUGGAAACCUUGAUCAUAUGACUCAUUCUUCUGAAAGCAUGUCACUUAAGUUGCAGGAACGCUGUUGGUUGUGGUUGGAUUUUGAAACGUCUGUCGAGAUGAAACUGAAGACUUUAGUGAAAGAAUGUAAAACAAUAUUGCUUGGCAGAGAAACCACAAGCCAAAUGAUUGAGAUAACUAUAAGGAUUUUGGCUUUAGGGGAGGGGAUGGUGUUUUUGAUACCUGUUUUAAUUCAUUAAUUCUGCAACUCUUGUUUUGGAGUUUGUGAUAUAGUUAGUACAUAAUGUAUUCUUUAAACACGAAAAAGUUGUAGAGGUGAAAGUGCUUGACAAUAAGUUGCCAUGGUUUCUUUGCAGGUGAA